GGCCGCGGCGCGCAUGCGCGAACACGCACACAGAGAGGGGUGCACAUGCGCAGGAAUGCACCGGAAGUCCGCCUCCCGGGACCCACCGCCGGUCCCAGGACAAAUACCGUGACUGUAUUUCCCAUGAGCCUACGCGCUCCCCAAAUUUAGGAGCCGUCUGAAAUGUCUCUAUCUGGUCUAGCGGUUAAGAGGCUCUAUGCUAAGAGAAUUGGCAACCCCGAACCCCAGACUCAAAUUUCUCCUUAGUUUAAGGGAACGUCUUCAUGGGGAUGGCUUGACUAUCUUUAAGGGAACGUCUAGAAAGUCUCUGCUUCAUGUAGCAUCUCGUACACCAUGACCGGGCCAGUCCUGCCUUACCCGAGAGCUCAAGGCUUAAAAUCAAUGUCCAUGUGCAACCGUGACAAAUGGAACAAGAGGGUGCAUCAUGCUAGCUUAUGAUCACAAUGACACAUUUAACGAAAACUUCAGUAAAUAGAGCCCAUGGAUGAAAUAAUAGAGGAUUAGCCUGGGACAGGAUACCAUCCUCGCCCCAACAAGGAGAAAAAGAAUUCCAGCUUUUCCAAAUCACUUUGAAUUAGUGAUAGCUAGAAAACUCAGAGAAUAUGUACAGAAUUGAAAGAAGAAAAAAAUUAGCCAGAGCUCUACUUCCUGAAGAGGAUGAGGCAAGCAGAAAAAGAAAUUUGCGUUUUAAUGGAAAACGAAGCACAUUUAGAAAGCCAUGUUACUUGAUUCCAACCCUGUUCAUUAUCUUUGAGGUUUUCCAGGUCUUUGCAGAAGUCCCUGAUGGAAUCACAUGACUGAGCCAGGAAAACCUCAGGACUGGAGUGCCUCAUGAACGGUUGAAGCCCAGGUGAAUCUUUUCUUGGCUCCCAGGAAUGAGUCCAAAGUGCCAGUAGAAAUUUGCUGGCUUCUCAUUUUUCAGUAAUUUCCCCAUUUACCAAUCCUGUGUUUUACUUUUGUUUGCAUUUGUUUACAUUGCUAGCAUCACUGAUUGGGACUUUGUUUGUUUUUGUUGUUUCAAGGCAAAGUCUCACUCUGCCGCCCAGGCUGGAGUGCAGGGGUACGAUCUCGGCUCACUGCAACCUCUGCCUCCCAAGUUCAAGUGAUUCUCCUGCCUCAACCUCCUGAGUAGCUGGGACUAUAGGUGCAUGCCACCAUGCCCGACUAAUUUUUGUAUUUUUAGUAGAGACGGGGUUUUUCCAUGUUGGCCAGACUGGUCUCAAACUCCUGACCUCAGGUGGUAGACUCGCCUCAGCUUCCCAAAGUGGUGGGAUUACAGGCGUGAAGCACCGCGCUGGGCUAGGAAUUUGGUUUUAUGGUCUGAUCACAUGGUGAUCUCUGUAAUGAGAUUAAUGUUUGCAAAGACCUAAUCUCUGUUGGGUGAGAGACAUCAGAGUCUGAUUUGUUAUUCUAUUUCUCUGUCUAUUUUGAGCUGAAAUCAAUUAAGAAUUUCAUGCCCACUGGGAGGAGAAGAGCUCUUUCAUAUCUGGAAGGACGUGCCUGCUUCCCCUUUGCCUUCUGCAUGACUGUCUGUUUCCUGAGGCCUCCCCAGCCAUGCUUCCUGUACAGCCUGCAGAACUGUCUACCAGCCACAGUCUCUGCACGUUUCCAAGAGCAGCAGAAAAUGAACACAUUGCAGUUGCAAAGCCUCAUUCCUUUUGUUCAGCUGCCCCCUAGUGACUCCAUGUGUGAGGAGUAUGGUCUGGGCUGUUCGGAUGCUCUGCAUAAUCUUUUUUACAUCUCAGGUUUCAUUUCACAAUGCGCACGUGGAGUUGGAAGGAGUUCAACAGACAGACAGUUUUUCUUUGUCAACCGGUGUCCUUGUGACCCAGCAAAGGUCUGCAGACUCGUGAAUGACGUCUACCGCAUGUAUAAUCGACACCAGUAUCCAUUUGUUGUUCUUAACAUUUCUGUUGAUUCAGGUAACUUAAUAAAAAUGCAUGCAGCGGAUUUGGAAAAGCCCAUGGUAGAAAAGCAGGAUCAAUCCCCUUCAUUAAGGACUGGAGAAGAAAAAAGGGAUGUGUCCAUUUCCAGACUGCGAGAGGCCUUUUCUCUUCGUCACACAACAGAGAACAAGCCUCACAGCCCAAAGACUCCAGAACCAAGAAGGAGCCCUCUAGGACAGAAAAGGGGUAUGCUGUCUUCUAGCACUUCAGAUGCCAUCUCUGACAGAGGCGUCCUGAGACCUCAGAAAGAGGCAGCGAGUUCCAGUCAGGGACCCAGUGACCCUACGGACAGAGCGGAGGUGGAGAAGGACUCGGGGCACGGCAGCACUUCCGUGGAUUCUGAGGGGUUCAGCAUCCCAGACACGGGCAGUCACUGCAGCAGCGAGUGUGUGGCCAGCACCCCAGGGGACAGGGGCUCGCAGGAACAUGUGGACUCUCAGGAGAAAGCGCCUGAAACUGACGACUGUUUUUCAGAUGUGGACUGCCAUUCAAACCAGGAAGAUACCGGGUGUAAAUUUCGAGUUUUGCCUCAGCCAACUAAUCUCACAUCCCCAAACACAAAGUGUUUUAAGAAAGAAGAAAUUCUUUCCAAUUCUGACAUUCGUCAAAAGUUAGUAAAUACUCAGAACGUGUCAGCCUCUCAGGUUGAUGUAGCUGUGAAAAUUAAUAAGAAAGUUGUGCCCCUGAACUUUUCGAGUUCUUUAGCUAAACGAAUAAAGCAGUUACAUCAUGAAGCACAGCAAAGUGAAGGGGAACAGAAUUACAGGAAGUUUAGGGCAAGGAUUUGUCCUGGAGAAAAUCAAGCAGCCGAAGAUGAACUAAGAAAAGAGAUAAGUAAAACGAUGUUUGCAGAAAUGGAAAUCAUUGGUCAGUUUAACCUGGGAUUUAUAAUAACCAAACUGAAUGAGGAUAUCUUCAUAGUGGACCAGCAUGCCACGGACGAGAAGUAUAACUUCGAGAUGCUGCAGCAGCACACCGUGCUCCAGGGGCAGAGGCUCAUAGCACCUCAGACUCUCAACUUAACUGCUGUUAAUGAAGCUGUUCUGAUAGAAAAUCUGGAAAUAUUUAGAAAGAAUGGCUUUGAUUUUGUUAUCGAUGAAAAUGCUCCAGUCACUGAAAGGGCUAAACUGAUUUCCUUGCCAACUAGUAAAAACUGGACCUUCGGACCCCAGGACGUCGAUGAACUGAUCUUCAUGCUGAGCGACAGCCCUGGGGUCAUGUGCCGGCCUUCCCGAGUCAAGCAGAUGUUUGCCUCCAGAGCCUGCCGGAAGUCGGUGAUGAUUGGGACUGCUCUUAACACAAGUGAGAUGAAGAAACUGAUCACCCACAUGGGGGAGAUGGACCACCCCUGGAACUGUCCCCAUGGAAGGCCAACCAUGAGACACAUCGCCAACCUGGGUGUCAUUUCUCAGAACUGACCGUAGUCACUGUAUGGAAUAAUUGGUUUUAUCGCAGAUUUUUAUGUUUUGGAAGACAGAGUCUUCACUAACCUUUUUUGUUUUUAAAUGAACCUGCUACUUAAAAAAAAUACACAUCACACCCAUUUAAAAGUGAUCUUGAGAACCUUUUCAAACCA